AUUUGUUGACUAUGCCUUUACCAUGCACGACGUAGUUACGUGAAUUCGUGGAUUCCCGACCGCAUUUGAUACAUACAGUUGGAAAUUUUAGAACAAGGCAACGAGACAAGAAUUAAAUAGGAAAUCGAUCCGACCAAAAGAAUAUGGCCAAUAGGAAGCCAAAAUGCCAAGAACAAGACAACCCAGCAAUAUACCCUGAGUGCGAUCCUGCUGUACAAGAUUGUCCAGGAGGUAAUGAGGCUGUGGACAGAGAAAAUACAAUGAAAGAAGAACACAAAAUAAACGAAGAAUUACGGGAUUUUCAAGAAUACAUUCGUUCCGUUCAAGAGCAUGAAAUAUUUCAGCAACAUGAAAGCUAUUUAACGCCUGAUGACAAAAGAGAAAUUAUAAAUAAAUGUUGUGAUGUGAUCCAAUUUCUCACUGAAAUAUCAGAAAAUUUCAACAUUAAGCAAGUACAGGCCAAAAGACUCGGAUUUGAAGACUUUGUUUGUAGCGUACUACACAGAUUACAACACAGAGCUCAGCUUGUAGGUGACAGAGAACAAGAAAAUAAGCGAAAUGAAUCUAUUCAAAGUUUUCAGAAGUACAUUCGUUCAGUUCAAACUUACGAAAUAUUUGAGACAUUAGAAUCGGUAUUGACACCUUAUAACAAAGAUGAAGUCAACAAAAGAUGCCACGAAUUGGACAAAAUGCUCAGUGACAAUCAGAGAAAGCUCGAUAUUAAAGAUAUUGAGUCCGAAAGACGAGAACUCGAAGAUUUUAUCAAGAUCCUCAUGAACAGUUUACAAAGUAAAGAUCAGGAAGAGAAAGGAAGGCAAGAACAAGAGCUACGAGUUGUAAUUCGAAGUUUUCGUAACUACAUUCGUUCUGUCCAACAACAUGAAGUAUUCAAACAGUAUCAAAGGUUUAUAUCUCCAGAAGAUCGAAACAAAAUUAAUAGAAAAUGUGUUGCAUUGGAGAAAUUUCUAAAUGACAAGGUCAUCGCAGAACUAGAAAUGAAAAGGAAAGAAGAACAGGAACAUAAUAAAGCAAUUAGAGAAUUUGAGCAAUAUGUUCAUUCAGUUGAAACGCAUUCUAUAUUCGGAGAUUAUCAAACGUUUUUGUCACCUGAUGAAAAAGAAGCUAUCAAAGUUGAAUGCAUCAGAUCGAAGGAAUUUCUUAGUUCAAAUUCUGAAAAGCUUGACAUUAAAGAAAUACAGAUCGAGAAAGAAAAAUUUGAAAAUAACGUUGAAAGUGUUUUGGAGAUACUACAACAGGCAAGUGCACUCAAAUCGAUGUUUUUCACUAAUCCUAAACCUAUGAACUUUCUGGAAUUUUUAUUUGCAACUUCUUAUGGUCUUGACAUAAUUGAAGGUCUCAUCAGUGGCCAUUCAAAAAAACAACUGAACAUGGUUCAGUUAAGUAAAAAUCAGCAUGAAAGAAAUCACAAGUCAUCGAAAAUUCAAUCAUUCGAUUUCUUCAUUCAAAUAGCAAAACUAGAAAAGCGAAGGGAACAAGAGCUAAACGAAGCGAUGAAGAAUUUUCAGCAGCAUAUUCAAUCAGUUCAAAAUCUUGAAGUGUUCGCUGAAUAUGAAACGUUUUUAUCGUCUGAUGAUAAAAAGGAUGUUGAUGAUAAGUGUUUCGGCAUGAACGCAUUUUUGACCACACAUCCGUUUCUGGAUAUGAAAAAGCAAAGAGAACAGUUAGAGAAGAAAAACGAGACUAUUCAACAUUUCCUGCAAUCUAUUCGAUCAGUCGAAUCACACGCGGAAUUCAAAGACGCUGUUAUAUUUCUAACUUCUGAUGACAAAUCAGAAAUCAAUGCAAAAUGUUUUGCAAUGAAGGAAAUACUCAGCAACAACGAGGAAAAGCUCAGCGUCGAACAAAUUCAGGAUGUAAAAGUAGAAUUUGACGAUUUUGUGGCUAGUAUAGUAACGAAACUCAAAGAUAGACAGCAGGAUCAAGCACAAAAGCUGGAAGAAGCAAUUCAGAAUUUCCAAUCCUACAUUCAGUCCGUUCAAGAGCUCAAAGAGUUUGACCAAUAUGAAACAUAUUUAACGUCUACUGAUAUAAAUGGAAUUCAUGCUGAAUGUAUAGCAACGCAAACAUUUAUCAACGAGAAUAUUGAAAAUCUUCAUUUCAAACAAAUCGAAAACAAAAGAGCAGAAUUUGAAAGUUUUAUUCAAAGCUUUGUGACAAAACUGCAGAAAAAAGCUCAGGUAGUCAUUUCACUAUGA